AUGGACGGCACCAAUGGGAUUCCCAUUAAUCGUGCGCGGCGGAGCAGCUCUCGCGGCCAUGGCUCCUCGAGGGCUAGGAGGGGCAGUUUCACUCCAAUGUACCGGAGGGACUCGAAUGUGUCGACCUCGAGCUUCCUCGAUGAGGUGGAAAUGGCACAGGAUGAGAUGUUCUCAGGGCCAAUGGGCGAAAGUGUUCCUACCAGUGUCACCUCCUUCGCUCAUCGUCGCGGCCGGGCGGAUUCGACCGCAAGCUUUACAUACGACCCGGGCGAAGAGGAGCAGCAGGUAUUGCUUCCACCAGAAGACGAGAGUGCCAUACAGGAUGACGAAUCCGAGAUAGAUUUUGGAGACGAAGAUUCUAUCGACCUAGAAGCUGGCGAGCUUCGACUUCUUCGAAGCGAUAGUAUGAGGACGGAGGGUAGCAAUUUUGGGCCAGGAAAACGCAUAAGCCAAAAGAUUUAUGUCGCCAAUGAAGAUCUGACUAUUGUGGUGGCUGCGUUCCGGACAUCUACACUAGGGUUUGCUAUUUACACAAUAAUAUGUGUAUUAACACUUGGGCUUGGCUACCUUUUGUUGCGCUGGUUGCCUCGGUGGCAGAAUCAAUGGGGAGAGUUUGUUAUCCAAGAUGUGGAUUCAAAAGAGUAUGGACAGCCCUUGUCAACUGUCUUUGGCUCCGCGGAAAAGCGGUUUGCUCUUCAAUACGAUGAGGAUUACGACCCGAUUCUAGAAGAUCUGCGAAUACUUGAUUAUCGAUAUAUGCGAUUUUCAUUUCAUCCUCUAAAAGAUAAAUUCGUACUCUCUAAUAGUUGGAAAGAUCCAACGUGGACCAAUGUCAGGUCGAUUCGUGUCGGAAUAACUGGGGACGAGAAAGAUAAUCGUGAACUUGUAUUUGGAAAAAACUUGAUUGAUAUCAAGGAGAAGACCAUCCCCCAGCUCCUUGUUGACGAGGCAUUCCAUCCGUUUUACGUUUUCCAGAUUGCCAGUCUCACGCUCUGGUCUAUUGACGCAUAUUACUACUACGCUGCUUGCAUCUUCCUCAUCUCUGUUGUGAGCAUCACUACUACCCUCAUCGAAACUCGUGCGACGAUGAGAAGGCUUCGGGAGAUCUCUAGGUUUGAGUGUGACGUGCGUGUUCUUCGAAACUCCUUCUGGCGCUAUAUUCCAUCGAGUGAACUCGUACCAGGAGAUAUAUAUGAAGUCACCGAUCCUGCCCUAACCCACGCUCCUUGCGACAGCUUGCUACUCGCCGGGGAUUGUAUCGUCAAUGAGAGCAUGUUGACCGGCGAGUCUGUGCCUGUAUCCAAGGUACCAGCAACCGAUCAAUCGCUACGGCGACUCAACUUAGCUACCUCUUCAGUUACACCUGAGGUGGCACGACAUUUUCUCUUUUGUGGAACUAAGAUAGUUCGCGCAAGACGGCCGCAGGAUGAUAAAGCUGAUGAAGCAGUCGCCCUCGCUAUGGUUGUGAGGACGGGAUUUAACACAACUAAAGGCGCUUUAGUCCGAUCGAUGCUCUUCCCGAAACCCUCUGGCUUCAAAUUUUACAGAGACUCCUUCCGGUACAUAUCUGUGAUGGGAGGAGUUGCUAUGUUGGGCUUCGUUGUCUCGGUCGUCAACUUUGUACGGUUGAAUCUGGCGUUCCAUUUGAUAAUUGUUCGGGCGCUGGAUCUGAUCACCAUCGUAGUCCCACCGGCAUUGCCGGCUACAUUGACAAUUGGCACUAAUUUUGCCCUCUCGCGCUUGAGAAAGAAGCAAAUAUUUUGCAUCAGCCCUCAGCGUGUCAAUGUAGGGGGCAAAAUAGACAUUAUGUGCUUCGAUAAAACCGGGACACUGACUGAGGAUGGUCUGGAUGUCCUUGGUGUGCGUGUGGCACAGAAGCCAUCUACCCGCUUCAGUGAUAUCCUUGCUGAUGCUAUUUCUCUCCUUCCUCGUGCGGGAUAUGAGCGCGAUCCUUCAGUCCAGUACGAUUUUCACAAGGCUAUCCUUUAUACCAUGGCUACUUGUCACUCAUUGCGGGCUAUGGAUGGCGAGCUAGUGGGAGAUCCACUGGACCUUAAAAUGUUUGAUUUUACGGGAUGGUCGUUUGAGGAAGGGGAGCAGAGGUCCGGCGAUGCUGAGGACGAGGAGCAAGGGGGUAUUUCCCCAUCAAUCGCACGGCCUCCUGCUGGUAUGGAAUAUGACCUAGAUGAUGAGGACAAAAACAGUACAACCCACUCGCCUAUUGAACUCGGUAUCUUAAAGUCGUACGAUUUUGUUUCCCAGCUCCGACGAGCAAGCGUGAUUGUUCGGAAAUUCGGAACGCCGGGUUGCGAUGUGUAUGUUAAAGGAGCACCGGAAUGCAUGAAAGAGAUAUGCAAACCUGAAAGCUUCCCAAGUGACUACGAAGAACUCCUCGCCCACUACACCCAUAGGGGGUUCCGGGUCAUUGCUUGCGCAACCAAGCAUAUCAAAAAGCUAAAUUGGGUGAAGGUUCAGAAGAUGAAACGACAAGAAGCGGAAUCUGGUUUAGACUUCAUAGGAUUUAUUAUCUUUGAAAACAAGUUGAAGCCAACCACAACUGGGGUCUUGGACGAACUGUCAGAGGCUGAGAUUAGAAAGGUAAUGUGUACUGGGGAUAAUAUCCUGACCGCCAUUAGCGUUGCUAGAGAGUGCAAUCUCAUAGAUAAGACUGCACAUUGCUUUGUGCCCCAUUUCUCCGAAGGCAAUUAUCAAGAUCCCGAAGCUCGUCUCUCGUGGGAAAGUAUAGACAACAGCAUUUACACGCUUGAUGAGCAUACGCUUACACCAUUACCACCACCUGCGGAAGACGACGCUUCUCUGCCUUACGAAAUUUCUAACCUGAGGAAUUACUCACUAGCCGUAACCGGCGACGUGUUCCGUUGGCUAAUCGAUUUUGCUCCGUCAGAUGUAGUUAAUAGGAUGCUUGCUUGCGGCCAGGUAUUCGCUCGGAUGUCCCCGGAUGAGAAGCAUGAGUUAGUCGAAAAGCUUCAAGGCAUUGGCUAUUGUUGCGGGUUCUGCGGCGAUGGGGCCAACGACUGCGGAGCUUUAAAGGCUGCAGACGUCGGCAUCUCCCUGUCUGAGGCAGAAGCAUCCGUUGCUGCUCCAUUCACCAGCCGAGUUUUUGACAUAACUUGUGUUCCACAAGUUAUACGGGAGGGACGUGCAGCCUUGGUCACAAGCUUCAGCUGCUUCAAGUAUAUGAGUCUCUACUCAGCGAUUCAGUUCACUUCCGUCAGCUUCCUCUACGCUUCGGCUUCCAACCUAGGAGACUUUGAGUUUCUAUUUAUUGAUCUUGCCUUGAUUCUGCCCAUUGCAAUUUUCAUGGGUUGGGCCGGACCCUUCCCAACACUUUCCCGAAAGCGUCCAACAGCCAAUCUUGUAUCGAGGAAAGUCCUGACCCCACUAUUGGGCCAAAUCACCAUUUGUGUGUUGAUACAAGCUAUUACCUUCAUAGCGGUUCGAAAACAACCAUGGUUUAUCCCUCCUCACCUAGAUAAAGAAAAGUCAAAUAUCGAGAACUCGGAGAACACCGCCUUGUUCUCAAUAUCAUGCUAUGAAUAUAUACUGUCAGCGAUAGUUCUAUGUGUUGGGCCUCCGUUCCGCCAGUCGAUGGCUCACAAUCUACCAUUUGUUGUCACCAUUAUUGUAGCUCUGCUCUUCUCUUCAUACAUGCUCUUUGAGCCUCCUGGGUGGCUGUCAAGGUUCAUGCAAUUGACAGAGAUGAGUUGGGACUUCAAAGUUUUCCUCUUAGUAUUGGGAGUUGGCUACUUCGCGCUGGCCUGGAUAUCAGAACACUACAUCUUACCACGGCUUGCAAGAUUCUUGGGCACUCUAAAUGAAUCCAUCACGAAGAAGUCAAAAGUGCGGAAACAGUACAAACUCAUUCUAGAAGAGAUGCAAAGCCUACAAUAA